AUGGACAAGGCAAUGGCUUCGAUGACAUUUUUAUGUGAGUCCAAACUAUUUCCCCGAGGUCACGUCGUGCAAUCCCUUCUCAUCAUACGCCCUUCGCUCUCCAACAUCCAUACUUUGCCAGCCAUGAUUGGGGCCACGGUUGCACUCGUCUACCUUGCUCAAGGGACCUUGGCUGCUUGUCCCUACAUGCAAGGUGGCCCGGGUUUCCAUGAGCAAUCGGCGGGGCAGGGCCCAAAGACCUACGCCAAAAGGCAGAGUUCCCUUUCCAACGGCACAGAUCCAGUCGACACCUUUCUUGACCAAUUCACGCUCAAUGACACUGACACAUACAUGACUUCGGACGUUGGAGGACCAAUCCAGGACCAAGAAAGCUUGAAGGCCGGAAUCAGGGGACCUACGCUUCUGGAGGACUUUAUGUUCAGACAGAAGAUCCAGCACUUUGACCAUGAACGAGUUCCAGAGAGAGCAGUCCAUGCGCGAGGUGCAGGGGCCCAUGGUUUCUUCACAAGCUACGCCGACUGGUCAAACAUCACAGCCGCUUCGUUUCUCUCUGCAGCAGGGAAGCAAACUCCGAUGUUUGCGCGAUUCUCUACCGUCGCAGGAAGUCGGGGCAGCCCAGAAGCAGUCCGAGAUGUCCAUGGCUUUGCCACUCGCUUCUACACUGACGAGGGAAAUUUUGACAUCGUUGGAAACAAUAUUGCCCCGUUUUUCAUCCAGGACGCGAUCCAAUUCCCAGAUCUGAUCCAUGCUGUGAAGCCGGAACCGGACAGGGAAAUUCCACAGGGUGGCACGGCCCACACUACGGCAUGGGAUUACUUCAGUCAGCAACCCUCUACUUUGCAUACUUUGUUCUGGGCUAUGGCGGGUUAUGGCAUUCCCCGAUCUUUCCGGCAUGUGGAUGGUUUCGGCGUGCAUACUUUCCGUUUCGUGACCGAGGACGGCAGUUCCAAGUUGAUCAAGUGGCAUUGGAAAACCCUACAGGGUAAGGCAAGCCUGGUGUGGGAAGAAGCCCAGGUGCUGGCUGGGAAGAACAUCGAUUCGCACAGGCAGGAUCUGUGGGACGCCAUUGAGGCUGGUCAGUAUCCAGAGUGGGAGCUAGGGGUACAGAUCAUGGAGGAGUCGGACCAACUCAGCUUCGGGUUUGACCUGCUCGACCCGACCAAGUUCGUGCCAGAGGAAAUCGUGCCGGUCACAAUUCUGGGCAAGAUGACUCUGAACCAGAACCCUCGAAACUACUUUGCGGAAACCGAACAGAUCAUGUUCCAACCAGGCCACAUCGUCCGCGGGAUUGACUUCACCGAGGAUCCUCUGCUUCAGGGACGCAUCUACUCGUAUCUCGACACGCAACUGAACCGACACGGAGGACCCAAUUUCGAGCAACUGCCCAUCAACCGGCCACGGGUGCCGAUCCACAACAACAACCGCGACGGCGCUGCUCAGAACUACAUUCCGCUCAACGUGGACGCCUACACGCCCAACACGGGCAACGACGGGUCCCCGAUGCAGGCCAAUCAGACGGUGGGCAACGGGUUCUUCACGACGCCCGGCCGCACGGUGGGCGGGAACCUGGUGCGAGAGAAGUCGUCGACGUUCGACGACGUGUGGUCGCAGCCACGGCUGUUCUACAACUCGCUGAUCCCCGCGGAGCAGCAGUUCCUCAUCAACGCGAUGCGGUUCGAGGCGUCGCACGUCACCUCGCCGGUGGUCAAACAGAACGUCAUCACGCAGCUGAACCGCGUCGACAACGACCUGGCGGUGCGACUCGCGGAGGUUUUGGGCGUCGCCAGCCCGGCCCCCGACCCGACCUACUACAACGACAACAGCACCGCGUUUGUGUCCAUCUUCAACUACUCGCUCCCGACCAUCGCGGCGCUCAACGUGGGCAUCCUGGCCAGCGUGUCCGUCCCGUCCUCCAUGGCGCAGGCGACCUCUCUCUCGCAAUUAUUCGCCCAGGCGGGGGCCUUCCCUUACAUCGUGGCCGAGGUGCUCGCCGACGCCGUCAACCAGACCUACUCGGCCGCCGACGCGAGCGGCUUCGACGGCGUCAUCGUCACCACGGGAACCGACGCCCUCUUCACCACGAACAGCUCCACCUCCUCGCUCUACCCAGCCGCCCGACCGCUCCAGAUCCUCCUCGACGCCUACCGCUGGGGCAAGCCCGUCGCCGCCCUCGGCUCCACCACCGCCGCCACCGUCUUUGGAUCCUCCUCCUCCUCCUCCGCCGCCGCCGCCAACAUCCCCGCCGGGCCCGGCGUGUACACGUACACCCAGAACUCGACGGACCUGGGCGCCUUCGUGGCCGACUUUGAGAGUGGCCUGAAGACGUUCCGCUUCGUGAACCGCUUCCCGCUGGAUCCGUCCUGA